AUGUCAAAAGAACUUAUUGAACAUGGUCAUGAAUAUGAUUCAAGUUGGAUUACACGACCAUUGAAUAAGAAUGAAACAAUAGCAUCUGUUCUUUGUGGUCACAGUGAAAAACUUGCAAUAGCAUGGAAUUUUGUUGCAAAUCCAAAUACAUCACAAAUCCAACUAACAAAAAAUCUUCGUGUUUGUGGAGAUUGUCAUCGAGCAACAAAAUUAAUCGCUGCUAUUCGUCAAUGUGAAAUAAUUGUUCGUGAUGCAAAUCGAAUUCAUCAUUUCUAUACAAAUGGAAAAUGUUCUUGCAAUGAUUACUUUUGA